AUGGCGCAAAUUCAUGUUCAGUAUCAGGCGCCAAUUUCCGGGCCAAACGGAGUUGCUCCCAGACUUGGGGGACCGCAGUUUAUGCUGACUUCUCUCUAUGUUGGGGAUCUUGAUGCUUCUGUUACCGAUGAGCAACUCUUCCAAACCUUUAGCCAGGUGGCUCAGGUCGCCUCAGUAAGAGUUUGUCGGGACUUGGCUACCGGUCGCUCUCUCGGCUACGGCUAUGUCAACUAUAACAAUCCUCGUGAUGCGGCUAGGGCAUUGAAUCUACUUAAUUUCACUCCACUGAAUAACAAGCCUAUUCGCAUUAUGUAUUCUCAGCGAGAUCCUAGUCUUCGUAAGAGUGGCACUGCAAACAUAUUUAUCAAGAACUUGGACAAGUCUAUCGACCACAAAGCAUUACAUGAUACAUUUUCUUCAUUUGGCAACAUUCUUUCGUGCAAGAUUGCUACUGAUGGUUUUGGCCAGUCUAAAGGCUAUGGUUUUGUACAAUUUGACAAUGAAGAAUCUGCUCAAAAUGCUAUUGAUAAAUUAAAUGGCAUGUUGAUUAAUGACAAGCAGGUCUAUGUUGGACCUUUCCUUCGUAAGCAGGAAAGAGACAGUGCUCUAGAUAAGACUAAAUUUAAUAAUGUUUUUGUGAAAAAUCUUUCCGAGUCUACGACAGAUGAAGACUUAAAAACAAUCUUUGGCGAGUAUGGUGAUAUUACUAGUGUUGUAGUUAUGAGGGAUGCAGAUGGGACGUCAAAGGGUUUUGGAUUUGUCAACUUUGAACAUGCUGAUGCUGCUGCUAAAGCUGUUGAAGCUCUUAAUGGAAAGAAGUUGGACGAAAAAGAGUGGUAUGUUGGAAAAGCCCUUAAAAAGUCUGAAAGAGAGCAUGAGCGAAAAGCCCAAUAUGAGCAGACUUUGAAGGAAGCUGCUGAUAAGUUACAGGGUUUGAAUUUAUACAUUAAAAACUUAGAUGAUAGUAUUGGUGAUGAAGCGUUGAAGGAACUUUUUUCUGAGUUUGGUACCAUUACUUCAUGCAAGGUUAUGCGUGAUCCUAGUGGAAUUAGUAAGGGCUCUGGGUUUGUGGCCUUCUCAACCCCUGAAGAAGCAUCUCGUGCUCUUGCUGAGAUGAAUGGUAAAAUGGUUGUUAGCAAACCGCUUUAUGUGGCGCUUGCGCAGAGGAAAGAAGAGAGAAGAGCAAGGCUACAGGCUCAGUUUUCUCAGAUGAGGCCACUUGCUAUUUCUUCUGUCUCUCCUCGAAUUCCAAUGUAUCCUUCUGGUGCUCCAGGUCUUGGACAACAGUUUUUAUAUGGGCAAGGACCUCCAGCUAUCAUUCCUCCGCAAGCUGGUUUUGGUUAUCAACAACAACUGGUUCCUGGAAUGAGGCCUGGUGGACCCCCUGUGCCAAAUUUCUUUGUUCCUAUGGUACAGCAAGGUCAGCGACCAGGGGGAAGACGAGGAGCUGGUCCAGUGCAACAGACUCAGCAACCAGUGCCAUUGAUGCAACAGCAAAUGCUGCCCAGGGGACGUGUCUAUCGUUACCCCCCUGGUCGCAUGAUGCCUGAAGGUCCAAUGUCAAAUGUUCCCGGUGGCAUUCUUUCUGUUCCAUAUGAAAUGGGUGGCAUGCCAAUGCGCGAUGCUGGUGUUGGGCAACCUAUGCCAGUACCAGCAUUGGCUACAGCUCUCGCAAAUGCAACGCCUGAACAGCAAAGGACGAUGCUUGGUGAAAGCUUAUACCCCCUAGUGGAACGGUUGGAGCGUGAUUCUGCAGCCAAGGUUACGGGGAUGCUUCUGGAAAUGGACCAAACUGAGGUUUUGCAUCUCCUCGAGUCACCAGAAGCUUUGAAGGCAAAAGUAGCCGAGGCCAUGGAGGUAUUGAGAAGUGUUGCUGCUCAGCAACAGGCCAACAAUCCAGCAGACCGAUUGGCUUCACUAUCCCUGAAUGAUAACCUUGUGUCCUGA